UUUCACCUUUCCGAUUCCGUGUCCAUGAGACGGCAUUCUUACGUGAUGUGAAGUGUGGGUUUGAAAAUUUCUUUCUGGUUACAUACAAAUAAAAUAAAAAAGAUACAAAAGAUUUAAUUAUUGCGAAUACAGAUUAUGUUUCGAAUUAUACAAAUUCGACAUGGAUUUAAUUGCGAUAUCUACUCUCAGCUGUAUUCUGGAUAACAUCGUACCAUUCCUGAUUAAACUCAUUAUUUGGCGCAUUUUUGCAAGGAAACGAAAGAAUUUGGCAGAAAUAAGCAUCGCUCUGCCCCGCGAAGUGAAAUAUUAAUUGUUAAUGUUGACUGUUCAGGUUUUAUCAUAUGUAUUCAUACAAAAUAAAUAUGACAUCGAAUUACAAGAAGAAUUGAAUAAUUUGAAGCAGGAUAUGAUAGCAAUUUCUAUAGUGGAUCAUUUUGCCAAAUAUGCUAAACUCCAACGUCGAAGCAAUCAUGUGGAAAAUAUUCUAAAAAAGAACAUGACUCAACGACUAAAGUGGAAGUUAAAAUUACAGAUGUGGCUAAUUUACAGUUUUCAUGCACUGAAUGGCAUGUUAAUCUUAUGGCUAUUAUAUAUGUAUAAAAACGAACCAGUUAUUGUUCUAUCAAAGAAUAUAUUAUGGCCGAUCGAGGAUUUGUUGAGUUGGUCAUGUCAACAUGAAAAUGCUAUUUCUUUACUAGUAUGGCUUAUGAUCACUCGAUUAGGAACGUCAGCAUGCAACAGACUUUAUGUAUAAGAAUAUCUAAUGAAUUUUCAUGUAAAUAAUUAAUUUAUAUGUUUUAUUGAUAAAAGGUAUAAUUAAAAAGAUCUCAUAUGAGAAGAAUUCUCUAUCAUGUA